AUGAGCGCAGAAUCAAUAACGUUGGUGGGGUCUGUACAGUUUGACCCACUUGCUCUAAUCUUCACACCUCACAGCAGUCCACCUACCCUCACGAACAGCCGAGGGCACACCCAGGACACUCCCCACACGCCCAGUAGUCUGUUUGCACUGGAGGGUAUGGUGUAUGUGGGUGCUGAUAGGAGCGUGGUAGGGGGAUUGAACCUACCACCCACCCCAACUGCGAGAGACAGGACAUACGCCCAUGCACACGCACACACACACGCACACGCACACACACACGCACAUGCACACACACACGCACACGCACACACACACGCACACACACACGCACACGCACACACACACGCACACACGCCUAUAUACACCCACCGACAUAAUACGGACUUCUCCACGGCUGAGACCCAUCUUCAGGCAACAUCCGUGUACAUGCACACGCAGAGAUACAAGCACAAGCCCAGCUCAUACGGGCAGAUGGAGUUGACAAUACCUGAGAGUGUGUACGCACACACACACACACGUGCGUAUGUAUAUGGUGCAAGUACGAGUGUGGGUGGGGGGAUGUUCGGGACUUCGUCGAGGGCUGGGGAUAUCAACCAGCGUGUACAGCAAUCAUACGGCUUGCAG